AAGCAGUGCAUUCACCUAAAUGCUGUCAAAGAAUAUUUACAUUACUCUCAUAUAAACUAUUAUUUCGCGUAUUGAAAUGGGACCUGACAUCUGUUAAAGUUUCGUGACGAGUCAAGCAGCCGUAAUUGAAGACAAGAGAAUGUAUGACGAAGCUGGGCUUCACCGUUUUGGCACAACUUUGCCUCAACUUGAUGAGGAUACUGUUCCAUCCAAAAAACCAAUACGAUUGGAAGAUCAAAUUGUAACCGACGAAAAUGGAAAACGCCGAUUCCAUGGCGCCUUUACUGGUGGCUUUAGCGCCGGCUACUGGAAUACGGUGGGCUCGCAAGAAGGCUGGACACCGGCAACGUUUAAGAGUUCGCGCAGUGAAAAAGCGGCAAAUCGGUUACAGCAGCGUCCAGACGAUUUUAUGGACGAUGAAGAUCGUGGAGAAUUCGGUAUUGCUCCACAGCGCUUACAAACUCGAUCGGAGUAUACUUCAUUUGAGCCAGAGGAGACUCGAAAGCGCAAGUUAAUGGCACCGUCCAGUGGGUCUAUACCUGGUAAACCGGUGUUGGAGCAGUUACUUGCACCGCGUAAUAUUAAAAUAGGUGAACGCAUAUUGAAAAGCAUGGGAUGGCGACCAGGUCAAGGUAUUGGGCCACGGCAAACCCUCAAAGAAAAGAAAAUGACACGCUCCCGAAAUCACCGUGAAAUGUAUGUAAUGAAACAGUACGGCUAUCAACCGAAAGCGCCAAUUUCGGAGGCUCUAGGGCACUCCGACGAUGCAAGCGGUGAAGAAGAAAGUUCUGAUGAAGAACUUGAUAAAAUAACCUUUGCUCCAGAUGACUAUGAGCCGUAUGUAUGUAUAGCAAAAAAAGAUCGUUUCGGCCUGAAUUACCAGGGAGGUUUAAGUCGAGAUCCCGUGCUUUCAAAUGCUCCAGCAGCAGCUACGAGCAAUAGACACAUAAAUCUCUUCGAACCAGCAUUGGAGGCGAUGGGUAAAAAUAAUAAGAAAAUAUCCUUUAAAGGGCAAGCUUUUGGCGUCGGUGCGUUGGAGGAAGAAGAUGAAGAUAUAUAUGCUAGAGACGAUAUGUCCCGCUAUGAUUUCUCGUUAGAUGAUCAUAAGACUAAGAAAAGGAAAGUGAUAAAUGAACAGGAUCAACUGAUUGUUGAAGGAUUUCUAGCAAGUAAGAUUCCACUAAAAAUAAAGAAACCAGAAAAUCCAUUAGUACCAGAAUCUUUCAUACCACGUAAUUGGUUGGAAAGAAGAAGCCGUUUCCAACCAAUAGAUGCGAAAAAAGCUGAAGAACUUGAAUCAUAUUUCAAAAAAGUAGAAUUGUCCAAAAACAGACUGAAUCCAGAUGAACGGUCUGAGUUACUUGGAGAGACACAAUCAAUGGAAGAAAAUCCUACUACCAGCACGUGCGUUCGACAGGAGCAAGCCCAGAAACAAACUCAGCCAAAAAUUGACUUUAACCCACUUCAAGAGAAUAAGACAGCGCGCGUUGGAGUUGGGGUUGAAAUUUUGCCUGAAAAAGCGAGACUCAUGUUGGAGCGUCUAGAACAGAAAAAUCGAUUUACGCGCGCUAGCGACAACAUGCCUGAUAGAAGCGAUGAUUUAAAAGAAGUGAUGAAGCAAGUCUACGAUGAGUCAAAAAAGUCCGAUACCACAUCAACCAUGUUUAAACCAUUUCUUCAUGAUGAGCAAAAACAACGACGUUACGAGGAAUUUCUAUUGGCCAAAGUGAAAACCGAAGAAGAAAUUACAUGUUUUUUGAAUAAAAUACAGCCAGUGCAUUUGAGCGGAUGGGAUCGAGAAAUGGAGAAGAAGGAGUUUAUACAGGCGAGCAAAAUCUUUAAGCCACUCGAUGGGCUGAUGUCGGAACGUUUCGUUUCGGAGGCAAACAUUCAAGCAGAGCACAAACCAUCAGAAAUAUCCCAGACUUGCAGCUUCACACCGAAAAAAAUUACUGUUGAGCGCUCCAGAUCAAUGUGGAAGCCCCAUCCCCUACUAUGCAAACGAUACAACAUAGCUGAACCGUAUGGCGGCCAUAUCGAGGAAGAAAAACGACCCGCCUCGUCGGCAAAGAUUUCCGUUUUCGAUUAUUUGGAAGAUUGUUUGCAUAAAAAGUCUGAAUUCAAAACACCAGUUAUCGUACCAGUAAAAAUACCUCAGAUCCAGCCCAUACUGAAGCAGACAAGCUGCAAAGCGGAAAGUGAACCAGCUAAUAGCGGUAAAUCAAUAACUUCGGUUUCCACAGGCUAUGCUUCGACUACGGCUACGCGUAAUCUGAGCUCCUCUGAGUCAUCAGCUACUUCUACAGUUGUUGAAGACCAGUUGAAAAGCAAGCAUGCGAGUCCAAGGCUACAAAAAGUUGACAGUUUAAAAGUAGGGCGUACAAGUGCCAAAACAGAUUUAGAAAAGCUUGCCGAAGAAUCUAUUUCAAAACCACCUAGCGAAAAGUUGGAGCUAUACAAAGCUAUAUUUGAAGACAGCAGUGAUGAAGAGACUGUAACCAGCAAAGAAGAAGCAAAUGCCAAUAAUUUCCCACUGAAAAAAGAUUUAUUCGGAAAACCAAAUGAAAAUAAUCAGUCGCUGCCGCUGUCUCUCAGUGGAGAUUGUGUAAACGUUUUGCGUAACACAUCCCCGCCCCGUGGCAUCUUUAGUGCAUUGCUAUCUACGAAGGGAGAACAAAAAUUGGCACGCAACUCCACAGAAUCAUUUGAUGUAGGCUGUAACAUAGAUUUAGAAGUUAGCCACGGAGAUAUCGGACAUGCAAAGCCUGCAUUAAUACCUGCUUCUGCGGAAUCUGUAAGAGAACACAAAAUCGAAUUUAAACAGCCAACAGGUAGCUCUUCGAAAAUAUCGUUGAAUACGUAUUCAACAGCGUCCUCAAAUCCAUCAAACGACGAAGUAUUUAGGAAAACAUCACUAAAAAUAGGAGAUCCUUCUUUUUUGAAUUUUACAAAAGAAGAAAGUUCUCCCCCAUCAAAUAUUGAUAAAGGAAAAUUGCCGAAGACAAAGACAAGAGGUGAUCGACUGGCUGAUGGGGGUAGAACAUAUGGUCCAACUGCUGGAUCUCUCGAUGUACCUAGCACUUCGUCAGGCUUAGAAUCAGCAGCUUAUGGUCCAGCACUGCCCUAUCACAUACGAACGCCCAUCACUAGUGAACCUGUGAACGAGUUGAAUAAGGUUGUUGAAGAAAAAAUGCUUCGUUUUCUGGGUCAACAGACCAGAAAUUCCAAAAACGUCAGAGAUGAAGAGUGGGUGGAGAAGAAAGUUCGUAAGAUAUUAAAAAAUAAAACGCUACCCAGAAGUAGUAGCAGUAGCACCGUCGAUAAGAGUUCCGAUGAAGAUAAUGAAAGUCGAAAAGAAGUAAUGAAGAAGAAAAGUAAAAAGAAUAAAAGUCACAAGAAAACAAAGAAAAAGUCUAAGGAGAAGAAGUCCAAGAAAACUAAGAAAAAUAAAGAUAAACACUAGGUUGCGAAUGUAAAUAUAUUAUAUUUAUAGAUAUAGAGAUUGUGACAUCGCAUUACUCAAAAAGGAUUAUUUCAAAUAACGGCAAUAAAUGUAAAUUCAUGAA